AUGGCGGGCCCUGAUCCCUCCGACCGCCAGCUGGCGCCCGACGGCGCCCGCCGCCUCCCCUGGACCACCGUGGUGAUCCUCGUCGUCCUCGCCGGCAACUUCGUGCUCUCCGUCCGCCGCGUCCGCGACAACCGUGGCGCGCUCGCCUUCAUCGGCCUCUCCCGCCUCAACCUGCUCGCCCUCUUAUACGCCACCCGCCGUUUCCAGCUCUCGCCGCCUGGGUCGGUGGCCAGCGGCUGGGCCAGGCUGGCCGUGUGGCUCCUCACCACGACGCUCACGGCAGGCUUCACCUGGAAGAUUGGCACGAUGCUGCCCCUGGGCUUUGGCGAUCCUGGCCUGGGUGAUGGCCGCUGCCACAGUGCUCGGUGGUUUCCACCUCAUGUUUGUCCAUGGCCGCAAGAGGGUUCUGUUGGCAAAUAUGGUCACAAUCACAAUGAUUCCGUCCAAGAACUCUGCAAAGGAUGUACCAAAGACCCAAGACCCCACUCAGCUGCCAAGCUGUUAGCUAUCGAUAGAAUUGAACUGGAAAUUGGCAUAGGCAGAGGAAUUGGGGAAGAGUUCAGAGGAGGACUGCUUAGCCAAGUUCUGAGUUUGGUACAAGUUUGA